GAAAGAGUAUCAGACAGUCAAUUCAAUAACCGACGUUUAUAUACAAGACAGGGAGAAAAUACUUGACAGAUCUUGACCUUUGUCUUCUUCUAUCCACUCCUCACUCGUCGGCAGCCACGGCGGCGAUGGCGGUACUCAGACAACAACCACCUUCCCGGCGGCGACUCCAUCCUGCUUCUCCAUUGUGCAUCUUGUUCGUCCUUUUAUCCUUACUCUUAUCCAUUCUCUCAAUUACAUCCACUAUCAAAUCAUCAACCAAAAUCAUCACUACCAAACCCUAUAAUCAACCUCGUCCACUAAAUGUCGACGAGAUCGGUAAUCCGUAUCACAAUUUUGGCCUGUUCGAAACCGAUUACGAGCAAAUGCUAAACAAUCUAAAGAUCUUCGUGUAUCCCGAUAUCUACGGAAACUCGUCUUCUCCGUUCUCUAACAUCUUCGUUCCAAUCCCAAACCCUACGAAUCCAAAGCUAGGAAACUAUUACAGCGAGCACGCAUUCAAAUCUUCGCUUAUGCGGAGCUCGUUCGUCACGAUGGAUCCGGAUCGUGCCGACUUAUUCUUCAUGCCGUUCUCCGUGAACGCGAUGCGCAACGAUCGGAGGCUGCAUUCGGAGUCGUCGAUUUCUGAUUUCGUGGCGAGAUACGCCGGUAAAAUCGGUUCGGAGUUAGGGUUUUGGAAUAAGUCGGGAGGGGCGGAUCAUUUCUUUGUUUGCUGUCAUUCGGUAGGGCGGGAAGCGGCGUCGAAGAAUUGGGAGCUGAGAAAUAACGCCAUUCAGGUGACUUGCUCGUCUAGCUAUUUUCAGAGGUUCUUUCUUCCUCAUAAAGACGUCGCACUGCCGCAGAUUUGGCCGCGGCCGGAGGAGACUCUUCUGAAUCCUCCCGUUGCAAGAGAAAAGCUGGUAUUCUUUUCUGGGCGUGUGCAAAAUUCUCGAGUGAGGCAAGACUUACUUGCCAUGUGGGAGAACGACGGGGACAUGUAUAUAAACACAUUAAAUCAAUCCCUUCCUUAUCUCGAAGGUUUUAAAAGGAGUCGAUUUUGCCUCCAUGUGAAAGGGUACGAAGUAAAUACAGCUAGGGUUUGUGACGCCAUACAUUACGGGUGUGUUCCUGUCAUAAUUUCAAAUUAUUACGAACUACCAUUCGCAAAUGUUCUUGAUUGGAGCAAGUUCGCAGUUAUUAUUAGGCAAGAAGAUAUUUCGUUAUUGAAGAAAAUAUUAUUAUCUAUAAGUGAUAAUAAUUACUUAGAAAUGUAUAAUAAUUUAAAUAUCAUUAGGAAACAUUUUAGAUGGAAUGAGAAGCCACAAAGAUAUGAUUCAUUUCAUAUGAUUAUCUACCAAUUGUGGUUGCGACGGAACUCUCAUUACUAG